CGUCACUAAUGAUAACUAAAAUAAAAUCGAAACAAGAGUUAGUCCACAUCACACCACAACGCUGUUUUAAAGUAGAGCUAGAUUAGCAACUUACUAUCUAAAUAUAUUGGUGCUGACUGGCCAGUGGUAGAGAUGGAUGCAUUACGUUUUCGACAGAUAAUAGCAUUUGGCCUUGGGUGGUUAGCCUAUGCUUCAACAUAUUUUCUACGUAAACCUUUAGGAGUGAUCAAAGCAGAUCUUCACACUUUUAUGAAUUUAAGCCACACACAGUUGGGAUGGUUGGACACAGCAUUACUUUUUCCCUAUGCAUUCAUGCAGAUUCUUCUGGGGCCCUUGGGUGACAGGUUUGGUGCACGUAAAACUUUUGGUGUGUGCAUGAUGUUAUCGGCCUUGUCUAUGAUUUCAUUUGGAUACUUCUCAAGUUUUGCUGUCUGGUUUCUGUUGCUGUUUUUAAACGGAACUGCUCAGAGCCAGUGCUGGCCAAACUGCACAAAAGGUUUGUUGUGCUGGUUCUCUGACUCUGUGAGGAAUUCCAUGUUCGGCAUGUUUGGGACCUGCGCAUUUGCCGGUGGCAUCAUUGGAACAAUGAUAUCAGUUUAUCUACAAUCUGCUUAUGGCUGGAGAUCUGUAUAUUUCUUCCCUUCCAUUAUUGUUUUUGUGCUCGGCUUUCUGGUGUUAAUUUUGUUCACCCAACCUGAUGAGCUGAACAUGGAAGUCCCAGGCAGAAGUGUAGAUAAAGCUAAGGAGGGAGAAAAGAAUCCUAAUGUUACAGAGAAACCAAGGAUGAUUGACUUGUGGAGAAUGCCAAUGAUAGCAGAAGUUUCCAUUGCUGUUUUCUGCCUCAAGGUAGUCAGAUACUGCAUGUACAUGUGGCUGCCAAUGUAUUUACUGCAAGCUUUAAACUACCCCAAGAGUAUGGCUGGGAUAUUCUCUACAGUGUUUGAGAUUGGAGGGGUAACAGGCAGUGCCUUGAUAGGAUUUGCCUUGGACAGGUAUUACAAAGGGCAGACACUCCGAGGCAUAGCAUUGUUUGUUCUGAUCUCCACGGUUGCACUCAUCCUCUUUCUUAUAACCAGCACAUGGGGUGUCUUCAUCAACUCCUUGUUUAUGUUCAUUGCUGGGGCUUUCAAUGCUGGACCUGACAUCUUGUUAUGUGGCACUGUACCUGCUGAUCUGGUGGAAAAACAAAACAAAAAUGCUGCCACAGCCACUAUAGGACUCGUCAAUGGGUUUGGCAGCAUAGGCACAUGCAUUGAAGGGCCCAUCAUUGGUCUGCUGACGGCCUACUUUGGCUGGCCAGGUAUGUUCCCACUGAUGAUUGGGUUGUCUGCCCUGGGUGCAGUGGCCACCUACAGAGCUGCCUCCAUCCACGCCCGGGUCAACAUGGCAACGACAGAUUUUAUUGAAGGUGUUUAAAUCUUCAUCUCAUGCUUUUUCUCGUGGGCUAUUGUAAAAUUGUACAGUGGGGUAUUUUAUAGAUUUUUUUACCCAAUAAUUUAAUUGAAUGAGAUGUAUUUUGUAACGCUAAUGACAGAUGUAUGUUUUUUUAAUCUAAAAUGGAAUAUAUAUGCUGCUUAUUAUAAAUACUAAUACAUUCUGAAGUUUUCCUGUGAAAAUUUCAUUGGGAAAGAUUAAACUUAUGUUGCGACAUUCUAAUAAAUUAUUUUAAUUAUUAAAAACUCAAUACAUAUCACAUGUAUGAUAAACAUUUCAAAACAAAGUGAUGUAAAAAUAUUAUAUUUAUUUAUUUAACAUAUUAUUGGUAGAUAAGUAUGUGUGGUUAUUUAACUUAAACUUAAGUGAGUUAGCUUUUUUUACUGAGCUGGUAAUGUUUAAAAAAAAAUUGCUGUUAAAAGAUGAAAUUUUGUUUCACCUGGUAAGACAGGUCGUGAAAUUUUGUUAUUUACAAUCAAUUUAAAAUGGAAUUGUAUGGAUUACAGUAUUAACUUUUUCACACUGUUAUUGUCAGUUUUAGAUGCUAUACUGAUUAUUCACAUCAUGCCAUUUAAUCACGCACUUACGAUUUACCUGUUUAUAACACCUGAUCAACUUACUGCCAAUCCAUUUUGUUGGGUGUUGCGUCAACAGGCGAAUGUUAUACAGAUCAUACCUGGUUGUACGUGGUCAUAAAUUGGUCAUUACUGGUUCAUUCCUCUACUGCCUCGCUUUCUUAGUCAAACAGAUCUUAUGUUGGUAUUUUCCUUCUGUUGUCCCCAUCCCCCUCCACAUACUCCCCACACCACCUACUACCCCCACCCCCCUCCAUUCACCCAUGCAUAAGCUGAAGGGUGGGAUCCACAUGGCAUAAUUUACAUCUGGUGUUUUUCAAUUUUUUUAUACCUUGAUACCCUUUGUGUUACCUUGCUAGUUUUUUUUUUUAUGAAUACACAAUAUUUUGUGUGGUUACCUUGUAGGCUGCUGAUAAUGUUAUCAUUUAUUUGUCAUUGGAUUAAGAUUUUGUUUAUGUUAAAAACAAGAGUUGCUCUUUUUUCCUUAGCCUGGUUAGUGAUUCAUAUUACAUAAUUAUAAAUCAUUAUAUAUUUAGUGUAUUAGAAUACUGGAGGUCUAAAGCAGACUAGGAUAGAGGACUUCAGAGGUCUUUCUGAGGUCCUAAAGUAGACUAGAGGACUUGAGAGGUCCUACUAAGGACCAAAAGCAGAUUAGAAAAGAGGACUUGAGAGGUCCUAUUGAGGUCCUAAAGGAGACUAAUAUAGAUGACUUAAUAAGUCCUACUGAGGUCAUACAGCAGACUAGUAUAGAGGACCUGCUAGGUCCUAAUACAACAACCUUGAUCUAGUAGUCAUAGUAGGUUUAAACUUAUGUCCAAUUUAGAAGUGGUAAAAGGUAUGAUAAGUUAGUUGUAAGUAUGGUAGUCUUCAUGUGUACACAAGGCUACACACAUUCAAAGUAUCUGUUGUUUUACAGCCUUUGUGUCUCAUUAUAUAGGGCUCAACAUUUUCACAAAAUGUGUUGUUCCUGUUGUGAUGAUAUGCCAGGUUCACUGUGUUCUUCAGAACUCUAGUCUGUAGAUGCGAAAAAAUCUGGCAAUGAACUAUGCAAGAACAAAAUUACUACACCACUUUCAUUUCCUAACCUUUUGCUUCCAAUUAUAUAGAAAAUUAUUUUUGUUCUAUUACAUGGUUUUAUUACAUGGAAUACAUUAAAAUUGUUAUAAAAUUA